AUGAGCCCUGGAAAUCACAGUGCUGUUAUGGAAUUUGUGUUCCUGGCUUUCCCCAUCAACACACAUCAGCAAGUGCUUGUCUUCAUCGGCAUGUUUCUGAUCUAUAUAGCCAUCAUUUUGGGGAAUCUUCUCAUCCUGGUGGCUGUCUGUGGAGAGCCCCAUCUGCAUACUCCCAUGUACUUCUUCCUGGGGUCUCUCUCUGUCAUGGAGCUCUGCUAUACUACAUCGGUAGUGCCUCAGAUGCUAGUGAACAUUUUACAAGAGAGGAAGAGCAUCACUACUUGGGGAUGUGGUACCCAGAUGUUUUUCUUCAUCGCCUUGGGAAGUGCUGACAGUUUUCUUCUGGUGGUAAUGGCUUAUGACCGCUAUGUUGCCAUCUGCCAGCCUCUACAUUACGCUCAUGUCAUGACUUGGCAACGAUGUACAUGGUUAGUAGCUAUUUCACUGAUCCUUGGGGGGCUAAUGUCUAUGGAAAUUGUAAUCCUGAUCUUUCAUCUUCCAUUUAAUGGUUCAAACAAGAUUGAACACUUUUUCUGUGAUGUGAAUCAAUUGUUAAAAUUGGCCAGUGCUGACACCAGCUUUGAAGAAAUUGCCCAGUUUGUUGGUAGUAUCUUCAUACUGACUGUUCCCUUCCUGCUAAUUGCUGUAUCAUACAUCUGUAUUAUCAUGACAGUCCUACAGAUCCCUUCAACAAAGGGCCGGAUCCAGACCUUCAAUACCUGCUCCUCACACCUCAUGGUGGUAUUGCUGCAGUAUGGUUGUGGCUCCUUGGUGUACCUACACCCAAAAUCCAGAUCGUUUGACAAGAUGGAUCGUUUGCUUUCACUGGUGUACAUCUUUGGCACCCCUAUUCUCAACCCUAUUAUAUACAGCCUGAGAAACAAAGAACUCAAGGACACCAUAAGAAAACUCCCUCUGAAGGUCAAACUAGGCAACAUAAGAGAGACAGAGCAGCCACCACUCUGUGUCUCUUUACUGUCUCUUCCUUGCAAUGUCUAA